AUGGCAGGGCUCCACGUCCGCUCCGUUCUGGUGACCGGGGCCAACCGAGGCAUCGGCCUGGGGUUUGUCCAGCAUUUCCUGAGGAUGCCAAACCCACCUCAGUGGAUCUUUGCGACCUGUCGGGACCCCAAGGGACAGCGAGCACAGGAGUUACAGAAUUUGGCCUCCAAGCACCCCAACAUCAUCAUCAUCCCACUCGAAGUCUCUGACCCCGCCAGCAUCAAGGCAGCUGCAGCCAAGGUUGGGGAGCACCUGGGGGGCUCUGGGCUCAACCUCCUCAUCAACAAUGCUGGAAUUGCAAAGCCAUGCUCCCUUGAUAAUGAAACACCAGAGGAUAUGAUACAGGUUUACACCACCAACACGGUUGGACCCCUGCUGAUGGGCCAGGCAUUUCUGCCCUUGCUGAAGAAGGCUGCCCAGGGGAGCCCAGGCUCAGGGCUGAGCUGCAAUAAGGCUGCCAUCGUCAACAUGUCCAGCAUUGCCGGCUCCAUUGACACCAUGUUUGUGUGGGAGUUUGGACAAGUUGUCUCCUACCGCUGCAGCAAGGCUGCUCUGAACAUGCUGAGCAAGUGCCAGUCCCUGGCGUACAAGGAGCACGGCAUCCUCUGCAUCACUUUCCACCCCGGCUGGGUGCAAACUGAUAUGGGGGGUGGAGGAGAAUCAUUCAAGCCUCCCCUGACAGUGGAUGACAGCGUGCAAGGGAUGCUGAAGGUGCUGUCCUCCAUCUCUGAGAAGGAGACUGGGGCCUUCCUGGACUGGGAAGGGAAGGUCGUGCCCUGGUGA